AUGUCUUCUCCUGUGGCCAAGCUCCAAGCAUACGACCUGAGUAUACCUGAGCCGACACCUGUCGUCAGGUGUGUGCUUCUUCUGUAUGAGCAGGGCACUCAGUCGCGCCGACCUUGCCAUGCUGGAUUGAACAAGCACCCAACUGCGAAGUGCUUCAACUUUCCGCCAGAAUACAACAGCGGCCCGUGGGUCAGCGCGCAGCUGACAGAUGAGUUCUUCGCAUACGUCUAUGCCAACCAAGAGAAUGGGCUGAUGGUGCGACAGUUGUCCAAGCUUCGGCAGCAAAUCAUAACAAGCUUGCAGGAGUUGUUGAAGCACUGGGGCAAGCCUCUGGGUGAUAGCGAGGCGAUGAACCUCCUCCUGAGCAUGCUGAAGGUGGAUCCUCUUUCCCGUCCAAACGCCUGCGGACCAGUGCUUGCAGAGUGGCUGGCUGAGCCCUUAGCCAAAGCGCCGAACACGCGCCGACAUGUCAGGGCCAUGGGGCACCGUGAGUCGCUAGAGGCUGGCGCAGAUGACUCAAAGCCAAGCGAGGACGACUGUGCUGAAUGCGGUGUGCGCACUUUAACAUUAAUUGGGUUCUCCGAUGAAGAAUGCAUCUUCGGGGCACUAGACAAGGAUGCCGGUCGCAUGGUGGCCAUCAAGAAGAUCCACUCUGUGUUUAGCAACAAGAUCAAUUGCAAGCGGAUCUUGCGAGAAGUUGCCAUCCUACAGCGCCUGGACCAUCCGUACAUCGUACAGCUUCAUGAUGUCAUACUGCCACACGAAGAAACCUUCGACGAGCUCUACAUGGUGAUGGAACUUGGAGAUGCAGACGUCAAGACGCUGUGCCGGCAGCAGGUGCACCUGGAGCUGCUGCAGGUGAAGUUCGUGCUCUACCACUUGCUGGUGGGGCUCAAGUAUCUUCAUUCUGCGGGCAUCUAUCACCGUGAUUUGAAGCCGUCGAACGUGCUUGUCAACCAGGAUUGCAAUGUCAAGAUUUGCGAUUUCGGAUUGGCCCGGGCAGUCGGUGAGGAGCUGGAUGACCAGGAUGCAGAGCAUGGAGACAAGGCCGUUCGAAUCAUGACGCAGCACGUUGUCACGCGGUAUUAUCGAGCGCCAGAACUCAUCUUGCUUGACAACUACACGGAGGCAAUUGACCUGUGGUCUGUGGGCUGUAUUGCUUUUGAGCUUGCUGAGAUGAUGGAGCCCAAGCCUCCAGAGGACCGUGGUCCCUUGUUUCCUGGGUCGACUUGCUAUCCCCUUUCGCCGGAUUGCCAGCACAGACAUGAUGUUGCCUUCCACUCUGGUGGAUGUAAGGAGCAGCUCAACAUGAUUUUCGAGGUCAUCGGCACUCCCUCGGAACGUGACGUGGAGCUCCUUAGCCGAGAGGACGCCCGCAAGUACAUCCGUUGUUUCCAGCCGCGGUUGGGAUGCGGCGUCCAACCCCGCCUUCCGAAUGCAGCUCCUGAUAUGGUGGAGACCAUCGAAGCGCUCCUGCGCUUCAACCCCCAAGAGCGUUCUACAGUUGAAGAGGCACUUGGGCAUCCUCUCUUUGCGGACAUCCGUGACCCUGUGAAGGAGGUCCUAGCUUCCGGCUACAUUACACUCGAGUUUGACCAGGAGCCGGACCUUAGUGAGCAACAGCUGAGACAGUGCUUCAAGCAGGAGAUCCAUAAUUUUCGCAGAGCCAGAGCUGGCCGCUGA